GGAACAUACGAAAUGACGAGUUGAUUCCUCGUGUGCAUCUACAAGCGUGCAGAUAAUACUCGUUCGUGAAAGUCUUUAUAGUGUGCGCUCGAAUUGUUAGUCUGGUUACAUAUCAUUUGUGUGCAGAAUCAUUCAUACUAUUACAAUGAGAAGUGUGAGCCUAACCGUGACGAUCGCAUGGGCCGUGUGCGCGCAUCUCGUCUGCUACGCCAACGGUGUCGAGUUCGAACAACAGCGGCAGUUGCAGGCCGACCACGGUUACGAUUAUUACUCGGAGGGACCAUUAUCAUCGGCGGCGAUAGAACAGCUUUCGCGCACCCAUCACGGGAAACUCAAGAUGAAAAAGCUGAAAAAACGGCUGUUGCUGCAGUGCCUGUUAGGUCACGGCCAGCGUCGGAGACGGGAUACGGAAGCGGCUUCGGGUCGGUUUUUACUACCGGUUGUUUUGCAGAGCACUAACGUUAACGUCGGCCCGACCGGUAGCGGCGGACACUUCGGCGAUCCGCAGCAGCACGGAAGUUACGGCGGCGGGUGCAUGGAAAUGCUCAACGAUCAUGGACCAUUGGGAGUGCUGGGCUCGUUGGGCUCGUUCGGGUCUUCGACGGCUGAUGCGACGGGCGAGGGAAGCCGCAACGGCCUGUACACGGACUGGAACCGAUACGGCAGACAGUUUCACCGGAACUUUGUCAGGCCGUUGUAUCGGCUAUUCUAGUCCAUCCGCCGUCGCCGACUCCUAAUCAACUCGUACCCGCAUCGUGCGCUCGGUCCGUCGCCACGCAACACGAAGUGUACAUACGCGCGGAGAAUAAAAAAUAAAUCAAAUAUUGUAGAGACAUGGCCGGCCAAAGGCCGUGUUCGAUAUGCCGCAAAAUCUACUUAAUACUGGUGUAAGUACACGCACUAAACCGUGUUCUAAUAUAAUGAUUCAGCAACGCUUUGUGAUGGCGCGUUUAUGGCAUUAUCGACUUAUGGUCUUCGGCUCAAAUGCGGUAGCGAAUCGGUUUUUGGAUCAGAUACAUUUCAGCGGCACCGAAGCGUACGGAACAACACUCAACUAUAUACGGAGGAUAUGAAAUAAUUAUAUGUGUACCCUACCCCACCCCCAUUUUACCCCACCUAUCGACUGAAUUGCGGUAUCUUUUCGCUUUUCCUCGUGAAAACUCUGCACAACACGAAAGUUCAUGAUUGUCGGACUAGAAUUACAUGGAUCGCACGUAUCCAAUCUAAGUGAAUCAACUCAAACACAACAGUUUAAAAAUCGCGUCGAUUACUAUAAGUACUUUCGAAUAACCCCCCCCCCACGGAUGGACCUUGUCACCAGAUACUUCCGCCCAUUGAACGCUCGUGUACAAUGUUUCAAUAGGUACCAAUAACAAAGUACAAUAGACUCUCGGUAGUUGGAUAUCAGGGGUUUAAGCUGAAAAUUCGAGUUAAAGAGGUUUUCAAUUCUGUGAGAAUCUGAACUAUUGAAAGAGAAAAAAAUAACUCAAAUUAAAGAGUGUUGAACACUUUUAUUAACAUAUACAUAUAUUUAAUUAAUAUUG